GCAGUUGGUAUAGGAGUUAUGACAGUUACAGCAGUUGUUACAGCAGUUAGUGCAGCACUUUGUAUUUCACCUUGUAUUUCACCUUGCAACAAGAAACAUUGUUUCAUACUGGCAGCCCAUGCCAAUACUGAAAAGAUUUCCCAUGGCAGACUUUCAGCCUUUGCUUCUUCUCAUCCUGACUGAAUUAGUUGCCUCUCAUCCUAUAAUCAUCACCAAAUAUGGACGAGUUCGAGGGAGGUUGAUGACUGUGCUAGAUGGUCAGGUUCAAGUAUUUCUUGGUAUUCCGUAUGCAAGACCGCCUACUGGAAGUUAUAGAUUCCUUCCUCCGACCCCUAAACCUAAAUGGGAACAUGUGUUGGAUGCUGCUGCAUUACCAAAUUCCUGCUACCAGGUGCGAGAUACCACCUUUCCAGGGUUUGAAGGUGCAGAGAUGUGGAAUCCAAACACCCCUAUGAGUGAGGACUGUCUGUACUUGAAUGUUUGGGCCCCUGUGUUCAAGACACCCACACCCCAACGCGCAGAUCAUGUUCCCGUAUUAGUUUGGAUAUAUGGAGGUUCCUUUGUGUCAGGAACAUCCACCCUGGAUGUCUACCAAGGCCAUUUCCUGUGUAAAUCUCAGAAGGUUGUUGUGGUAUCUAUGAAUUACAGACUGGGACCACUUGGCUUUCUGGCUAUUCAUGGACACAAAGAAAUCCAGGGAAAUCAAGGUCUACUGGAUCAGCGUUUGGCACUUAAAUGGGUGGUUGAUAACAUCGCUGUAUUUGGAGGUGAUCCUAAAAAGAUAACACUAUUUGGGGAGAGUGCUGGAGCAGCAUCUGUGGGGUUCCACCUGGUCUCUCCAGGCAGCCAGGGCCUCUUUCAAAGGGCUGUGAUGCAGAGCGGCUCCCCUAAUGCAGCAUGGGCCAUAGCAAAUAAAACUGAGAUAUAUGACAGAUUUCCCAUGGCAGACUUGCAGCCUUUGCUUCUGCUACUUCUCAUCCUGACUACAUCAUUUGCCAAUGAAAAUGAACCUAUAAUCACCACCUUAAGUGGAAAGGUUCGAGGGAAGUUUUUUAAUGUGCUAGACGGUCAUGUUCAAGCAUUUCGUGGAAUUCCGUAUGCAGUGGUGCCUCGCUCUGUCCUAAGAUUCCGUCCUCCAAUGCCUGUGAGAAAAUGGGAUGAUGUGAAAAAUGCCCAAGAUUUACCAAAUUCCUGCUACCAGUUGCGAGAUGAAACGUUUCCAGGGUUUGAAGGUGCAGAGAUGUGGAAUCCAAACACCCCUGUGAGUGAGGACUGUCUGUACUUGAAUGUUUGGGCCCCUAUGUUCAAGACACCCACACCCAAACCGGAAGAUCGUGUUCCUGUAUUAGUCUGGAUAUAUGGAGGUUCCUUUAUGUCAGGAACAUCCACCCUGGAUGUCUACCAAGGCCAUUUCUUGUGUAAAUCUCAGAAGGUUGUUGUGGUAACUAUGAAUUACAGACUGGGACCUCUUGGCUUUCUGGCUAUUCCUAACAACCCAAACAUCCGGGGAAAUCAAGGUAUACUGGAUCAGCGUUUGGCAAUUAAAUGGGUGCGCAAUAACAUCGCUGCAUUUGGAGGUGAUCCUAGAAGGAUAACACUAUUUGGGGAGAGUGCUGGAGCAGCAUCUGUGGGGUUCCACCUGCUCUCUCCAGGCAGCCAGUACCUCUUUCAAAGGGCUGUGAUGCAGAGCGGCUCCCCUAAUGCAGCAUGGGCCAUAGCAAAUAAAACUGAGAUAUAUGACAGAUCCUUAAAACUAGCAAAAUUGCUAGGCUGCUCCGUGGAUCAUCCUGCUAGUCUGGAGUAUUGUUUGCUGAAUGCUGAUCCUGAAAAGAUGUCACUCAAGCAAUUUGAAAAUCUUGUUCCGCCUUCAGUUUUGUCCAUGCCAUUUGUCCCACAUAUUGAUGGAGACGUCAUACCAUCUGAUAUAGAAACGUUGUUAAACAGCUCUACUCUUCACAAAAAAGAACUGUUGAUAGGCUUGAAUAAAGAUGAAGGAACCUACUUUCUUUUUUAUGGAAUGCCUGGUUUCACUCGCCAGGGUGAAAGUUUCAUCACCAGGACGGACUUUAUGGACGGUUUACCACUAGUAAUGAAAAAUUCAAGUGCGAUUGUUAAACAAACCGUUAUUUCUCACUACACUGAUUGGCAAGAUGAAAACAAUACAAAAACCAACCGUGAUCAAAUGGGGAGGAUGGUUGGAGAUGUGCUGUUCAAUUGUCCUGUAAUGGACUUUGCUACUCGGUAUGCAGAACAUGGCGGUAAGACCUUUUUGUAUUUUUUUGACCAAAUGUCAUCCCCAAAUCCCUGGCCAAAAUGGGCGGGUGUUAUGCAUGGCUACGAGAUAGACUAUGUAUUUGGAAAUACUCUGAAUGAGUCCCGUAAGUUCACGUCGGAUGAAAUGACUGUGUCCAAGAGGAUUAUGCAGCACUUUGGCGACUUUGCCCGGACUGGAAAUCCAGGGUUUAACGAAGGUGAUUGGCCAUUGUAUAAUGCUAGAAGUCAGGUGUAUCUCAUUUUGAAUGACCAUAGCAGAGGAGUAAAGAAGAAUUUAAAAGCUAAAGAGUGUUAUUUGUGGCAGACUUUCCUGCCUAAAUUACAGAACAUGCCAGAUUCCAAGCUGCAGUGCACUUCAAGUGGGAUUGUUCACUACAAUUGGGUGUUCCCUCUUAUUUUGUUAGUUAUCAGUUUUACCCAUUGACUGAGCUCCUGCUCUCUGUUUAGUUCAUGUGUUUAAUGUCUAAUGUGUAACAGGUGGGUACUUGCUUUUUUUAAAUAUGUCAAAUAUUAUCAGAGCACCACCUGAAGGCUAUAUGAUGUUCCUCGGGCCCUAUAGCCUGUUUUACUUAAAGGUGUCACUGAAAAGCAUAGUUUGAAAAAAGGCUUUUAGAAUGUUUGUGCAAAAAAAAUAUAUUUUUACACUGUUUGAAUAACUUGCUUCCUAUGCUGAUUAGAAAUGGUUUAUAAAGUGGUUUAUCAUUAAAACAAGUUUAUGCUGUGUG